AUGGCACCCGUAGUUCUAAACAUCGCCUACCCCGCCGGCUCCUCCUUCAACAAGGACUACUAUCUCAACACGCACAUGCUGCUGGCCGUCGACGCCUGGAAGGACAUCGGUGGCCUCGUCGACUGGAAGCUGCUGACCGCUCUGGGUGACAACAGCCCCUACGAUGCUGUCCUGCAGGUGACGUGGGAGAGCGCCGAGGCGCUCGGCAAGAUGAGGAGUCAAACCUCGCCGGAGAAGCAGAAGGAGCUUGCCGACGAUCUGCCCAACUACUCGACUAAGGCGCCGAGCGUCUGGGUCCUGGAGGUUCAGGGCGGUUCCUAA